CGCCACAGGGGGCGGGAGCAAGGAAGAGAGCCCCUAGCAGGACGGUGGAGCCGCGUGUCCGGUGACGGCGGGAGGUGGGAGUCAGCAUGGCGGAGCCCGGAGAAGGGGAAGAAGUAGAGCCGGCGACGGAAGCGCUGUUGCUCAUGGCCGGCGGCGAUGGGGAAGGGGAUGCAGAGGAGAUCGUGGAGGUGGUGGAGCUUGAGCCUCCUGGACCCGAUGAUCUGGCUGAUGAAAUAGAAGAUGUAGAUUUAGAAGGAGAAUCUACUUGGGAGGAAGAUGAGGGGGUGGAGGAAGGCAUGGCGGCCCAAGAUGACAGUGAGGUCACAUUCUCUAAGCAUACAGCGUCAGUUUUCUGUGUCAGUCUUGACCCAAAGACCAACACGCUGGCCGUGACAGGUGGUGAAGAUGACAAGGCCUUUGUGUGGCGUGUCAGUGAUGGCGAGCUCCUUUUUGAGUGCACAGGUCACAAAGAUUCUGUCACUUGUGUUGGUUUCAGUUAUGAUUCCACUUUUGUGGCCACGGGUGACAUGAGUGGACUCAUUAAAGUCUGGCAAGUUGACACCAAAGAAGAGAUUUGGUCUUUUGAAGUGGGUGACUUGGAGUGGAUGGAGUGGCACCCCCAGUCCCAUGUCCUUCUGGCUGGCACAGCUGAUGGCAACUGCUGGAUGUGGAAGAUCCCUGGCGGAGAGUGCAAGACCUUUCAAGGGCCAAACUGCCCAGCUACAUGUGGCCACGUCCUUCCUGACGGGAAAAGAGCUGUUGUUGGCUAUGAAGAUGGAACAGUGCGCAUUUGGGAUCUGAAGCAGGGCAACUCACUGCAUGUUCUGAAAGGUAAUGAUGGGCACCAGGGUCCUUUAACUUGUGUGGCCAGCCAGAAGGAUGGCAGUCUAAUCCUGACAGGUUCUGUUGACUGCCAUGCCAAGCUGAUAAACGCUGCAACUGGAAAGGUUGUGUCCGUGUUCAAGGCAGAGAGCAAGCCUUCAGCUGGAGAGGCAGAGGAGGCAGAAUCCAACUCAGUGGAGUCCUUGGGUUUCUGCAGCGUGAUGCCAUUGGCAGCUAUUGGCUAUUUGGAUGGGACCUUGGCUAUUUAUGACCUUGCUACGCAGACUCUGAGACAUAAGUGCCAGCAUGAGUCAGGUAUUGUGCAGCUCCUUUGGGAAGAAAGUUCACCUGUGGUCUAUACUUGUAGUCUGGAUGGGGCUGUGAGCCUCUGGGAUGCACGCUCGGGCAAACUGAUUAGCGAAUACAGGGGCCACUCAGCUGAAAUCUUAGACUUUGCUUUGAACAAAGAUGCUUCGCUUGUGGUUACUACUUCUGGUGAUCACCAGGCCAAGGUGUUUUGUGUGCAGCAACCUGACCGCUAGCAUUUAGGUGACACCGGCCGCGGCAAGGAAGUGUGCCAUGUGGAUGAGGGCAGCCAUACCAGUGGACUGUGGCAGGGUGGAUGGGGUUAGCCUGAUCACAUCCUGCAGGGAGGCAACUAAAUGUUUUAUUAUCACCAUUAUUUUGAAAAGAAAACUUUGCCACCCUAUCCCCGAUUGAGUCCAGGGCUAUCGCUGGAGUUUUCUACGAGAGGCUUUUAAGUAUUCACGUCCCUGGUGUUUUGUACACAAAGCUAUGAGAAAACACAAGUGGUGGGGCCUGGAUCAGGGUCUGGGCAGUGGUAGGCUGUGAAGUGAUGUACCUCAGAAGAGCCUCCGUAUGUCUCCCAGGUUCAAAGAGGCUUCCUCUCACAUAAUUUUUAAGGUGUGUAAAUGGAGGUCAGAGGUAUCACCUUCCAUGUUCUUCUCGUUAAGAUGAGGCAAAUGGACUGUUACGCAGCCUCUGAAAUGACAGUGAGGCUUGUCCUUCCCUUUGUCAUUUUGAGCUUGUGCUUCCCCUUCCAGCAAAUCACAUGGAUUUGUUCAAAGCCAAUCAAAUGAUGUUCCUGAGAUGAUAGCAGGCUUUGGAACUCUGGUGGAAACUGAAUAGAUCAUCCUGGGCUUGAAUGUAUCGACCUGUCAAUGACAAUAACAAGACUGCUUGUUCUUGCGUCUCUAGACGUUAUGACAAAAUAAAAAGGAAGGCUGCCAUCUU